AUGCCAAUUCUGGCCUCACUCCCAGGCCUCAACCUCUUCUCCUCCCUUCCAUCAAACCCACCCCCAAACGACGCCACUUCAACCACUCCUCCCCCCUCCCCUCCCAUCCCCAUUCCCAAAUACCCUCCCCCUCACAGACGAAACCCCCAACCUAAUCUUCCCCCUUCCAACCCCGCCCUUUCCCUCCAUCACCGCCGCUCCAACUACCGCAAGCCUGUCAAAAAGGGAGUCAUCUCAUCAGACGGUGAUCGAUGCGUCGUCAUCGGCGAAAAUGGCUUAUCCUAUCAGCUCCCCGGCGCUCCUUUUGAAUUCCAGUUCAGUUACUCCGAGACGCCCAAGGCCGAGCCCAUAGCUAUUCGAGAGCCAGCUUUUUUGCCGUUCGCGCCGCCAACGAUGCCGAGGCCCUGGACAGGGAAGGCUCCGUUGAAAAAGUCAAAGAAGAAGAUUCCACUUUUCGAUUCGUUUAACCCUCCGCCCCCCGAUAAAAAAGGCGUGAAAUACGUGGAAAUGCCAGGGCCGUUUCCCUUUGGGAAAUACCCAAGGGAAGGGAAAACGAGAGAGGAAAUAUUGGGGGAGCCGUUGAAGAAAUGGGAGAUUAAGAUGCUUGUUAAACCUCUAUUAUCUGAUAAUCGUCAGGUUAAUCUCGGGCGGGAUGGAUUGACGCAUAAUAUGUUGGAUUUGAUACCAACACGCAUUGGACCCAACGGCGUCGUGGUUUGCAAAAUUAAAUGCAAAGGAGUUCCCACCGUGGACAUGGAUUAUGUUUGCCGUCAUAUUGAGGAAAAAACUGGGGGAAAAAUAAUUCAUAGAGUUGGUGGUGUUGUUUAUCUUUUCCGGGGUCGAAACUACAACUAUCGAACUCGUCCACAGUACCCAGUGAUGCUUUGGAAACCAGCUACUCCAGUCUAUCCAAAACUUAUCCAAGAAGCUCCAGAAGGAUUGACUAAAGUUGAAGCAGAUCAGCUGCGGAAGAAAGGGAAAUCUCUUCUUCCCAUAUGUAAACUAGCAAAAAAUGGUGUGUAUGCUUCCCUAGUCAAAGAUGUUAGAGAUGCUUUUGAAGGAAGUCCUUUGGUGAAGAUCGACUGCAAAGGGAUGCAUGCAAGUGACUACAAGAAGAUAGGUGCUAAGCUCAAGGAAUUGGUUCCUUGUGUUCUAUUAUCUUUUGAUGAUGAACAAAUUUUGAUGUGGAGGGGACAGGAUUGGAAAUCCAUGUACGGGGAAGCUCCACCAGCUUUACUUCCUGCUAAAGCUGACAUUUCAAGUGGUGUAGAUGAUUCAGCCAAGUCUUCUGAUGGUAGUAGUACACCUGAUGCCAAAAAGGUUAUAUCUAGCCCAAAAAUGAUGUCCCUCUGGAAGCGUGCAAUCGAGUCAAACAAGGCAUUGUUGUUGGAUGAGAUUGCUCUUGGGCCCGAUGCUCUUAUGGAGAAGGUGGAGGAAUUUGAAGGCACGUCUCUGGCCACAGAGCAUUCCUGUGAAGCAGUAGUCUUGUCCAGCGAAGAUGGUUCUGGUAGUUCCAUGGCAGAGUUGGAAGAUGGUUCGUCCAAUUUAGGGGGUGAAAAUGAUAAUUAUAGCGAUGAUGACAUCAUUAAUGAUGAAGAUUAUGAUGUUGACUCAUUCGAGGAGGUGGAUUCGUCUAUCCCGCUGGGGUCAUUACCUGUUGACAGGAUAGCAGAAAGGCUCCGAAGGGAUUCCAAAUGAAGGACAAGGGAAAGAUCAUUACACUAUUUUUAAGCUCAUUAUGCUGAGCUCCAAUUUCUGUAGUUAUCUAUUGAAUUUGUUUUCACCAUCAAAAAGCUGGGUAGAAUGGGAUGUAUGAUUAUACAUGUCUCUUAAUAGCAACGGAAAUGUCUGUGUCAUCUUCUUCAUCUGCUCUCAAGCUUUUCCUAUUGUACAGCUGUAGAUUUAAAUGUAUAUAUAUGUGCAACUGGGUCCUUCAAUUUCUAAUGAAUCGUAAUUUAUUGC